ACUCAGCAAUAAAAAGCUAUAUACUAGCAUAAGCUACUUAGUAGGUUUUAUAUAUUUACAGACACAGGUAAAAUAAAGAGACAGGAAUGCAACUGUUUGGUAGACAACAUUACUGAGUGUCACGCAGGCUAAACGUGUUUUUACACCCAAGUUCUCUGUUUUUUUCUGCGGCUGCUGUCAAAUAAAUGCCUUCUCGGUCAUAAAUCUCACGGGCAGUUUAAUUAUGUGUCAGGAGUCAGAAUAAAAAAGGUUGACGUAGUGAAGCUCUCCCUCGACUCACCUCCCUCACAUAAAACAGCGCGAGUUUGAGGCUUGGAUCAGAUCCGUUCAGAGAGCAGAGCGCAUCUCACACCUGUAGACAGAGAGAAACUUUCAUUCUUUCCGUCUCUCACCCCGGCUGGACUUGACUUCAUACUAACCGCUUACGAUUCCCGCACGAGCCGAGCUCAUAUUAUCAACAGCGUCACAUUUCCCCGCUUUCAGAUCGAGUUCAAACCGUGAAGCGCAACUUUGGGCAGCGACACUGAAGCGAUGGAGCCAUCCGUCAUCCCCGGCGCAGACCUGUCCGACCUCUACUCCAUUAACCCGUUUAAUGUCACUUUCCCUGACGAGGUGAUGGGCUUCGUUCCCGACGGGAGGAACUACACCGAGCCUAACCCGGUAAAGAGCCCCGCGGGCAUCAUCAUCGCCAUUUCCAUCACUGCUCUGUACUCCGUUAUCUGCGUGGUGGGACUCUUGGGAAACAUCCUAGUGAUGUAUGGAGUGGUCAGAUACACAAAGCUGAAAACUGCCACCAAUAUCUACAUCUUCAAUUUGGCACUUGCAGAUUCUCUGGCCACUAGUACACUUCCAUUCCAGAGCGCCAAGUAUCUAAUGAACACCUGGCCUUUUGGUGAGCUUCUAUGUAAAAUUGUCAUAGCUAUUGACUACUAUAACAUGUUUACCAGUAUCUUCACCCUCACUAUGAUGAGUGUGGACCGUUACAUUGCCGUGUGCCACCCUGUGAGAGCGCUGGAGUUUCGUACCCCCAUCAAGGCCAAAAUCAUCAAUGUGUGCAUCUGGAUUCUCUCCUCUGCUGUUGGAGUGCCAAUCAUGAUAAUGGCAGUUACCAGAGUGACAAACCAAGGUGCAACUGUCUGCAUGCUGAAGUUCCCUGAUCCAGACUGGUACUGGGACACAGUGACAAAGAUUUGUGUGUUUAUCUUUGCAUUUGUGGUACCAGUGCUAGUCAUCACGAUCUGUUAUGGUCUGAUGAUCCUACGUUUGAGAAGUGUCCGUCUUCUCUCAGGCUCUAAGCAGAAGGACAGAAACAUGCGUAGAAUCACUCGAAUGGUCUUGGUAGUGGUGGCCGCCUUUAUUAUCUGCUGGACACCGAUCCACAUCUUCAUCAUUGUCAAAACACUUGUCGACAUCAACCAAAAGAACCCCUUUGUGAUUGCCAGCUGGCAUCUGUGUAUCGCACUCGGCUAUACCAACAGCAGCCUCAAUCCUGUCCUCUACGCUUUCCUGGAUGAGAAUUUCAAGAGAUGCUUCCGAGACUUCUGCCAACCUUUCCGAACCAGAGCUGACCAGAAUAGCCUUAACCGAGUGAGGAAUGCCACAAGGGAGCCAGUGUCAGUUUGUGCACCUUCAGAGACAGGAAAGAAGCCAGUAUGACUAGGCCUGGAGAGGAUCCCACGGGGGUCCCAGUCCAGAAGAGUUCAGCAGGACCUGCAAUCUGAGGUCACUCAAAUCUCCACUACUGAAUUCUAGUAAAAGAAUGGAAGAGACACUUCCUACAUUUUAGAAAGCAUUCAGCUCCACCAUACUCAAUACUGUCUCAAGUUUUGCAUAUUCAGAAGAUAACCAGAGAAACUGAGUUAAGCAGCUCCUCUUUUUACUUUGUCUAGUGGAUUGGCCCCGGUAAUUAUUCCGGAAGAGAUGCUAACACAGUGAUGAGCCUCUUCUCAGUCCAAUGUCCGAAACAGGGUAAAUUAUCAGACUUUAAUGGUCCAUGGAUUUUCAGGGUCUGAAAUCUUACUGGUUUUGAGGACAUGACCCAAAAAUCUGAAUGAAGGACCAUUCACAGAAAGUCUGCAAACAAUGGAUGAUUCAAUUCCCUGUGAGUGAAAAUAGCUGCUGUUACAAUCAAAAAUUAAAUCCGAGACAAGCUACGAAAGCAAAUAGUGAAGAUGGGUUCCAUUUGGAGGAAACUGGCUCAAAAAUGAAAAGUAUUUUCAGCAGUUGUUUAUAUAUUUUAUUUCCUCUAUCUCUCAGAUAUUGGACUGGUAGCGGACAAGCCUUGGGGAAAUAGAAAAAACUCAAACAAACAUGGGAAAUAGAUGUAAAAACUCUAAAUGUCGCAAACCCUAGUGAUGGAAACUCCAGCGGAAUGAUGGGAAAAUAUAACUUGCCCCAGAACAGACUGAUGCCAGGUUGGAGAAAAGUGAAGAAAAAUGGUAUGUUAUGACAUUCAGACCAAAGAGUAUGUGGUUUGAACCUGAGCCUAAUGGAAAAAUUAAUUAUGGAAAAAUAAAUAUUGAUGGAUUAUUUGCCAUUAUUGAUGAAGACACCAAACUCUGCAUCAACUGUGGCCUCCUCUCCAACUUACUCCAUUACUGUAGCCCCUGAACAAACUUAUUUUCUAAUGUUGCCGUUCUUUGUUCAGUUACAGUGAAGAGGUGUACAGACAGACAUCUGAAAUCCACCAUUUCAGGACAUUCCCAAUAAGGUUUACUUAAAGCGGAAAGUAAACCCUACUGAAGAAACACAAUAAAUUACCAUUUAAGAGUGUUGGAAUAAUGAUCCAUUAAAUGUCAUUAAAAGAAGCAAGGUCAAAAUUCACAAGAAGCUUUUCUCUGGAGUUCCUGAUAUAUAUAAAUAUUAUAUAUAAUGACUUUAUGUGUAUUAGUUGAAUGUAACAUUGAAGUUCUUCGACCCUACAGUCAUUUCUGAAUGUCUUGAUUUUGAUCUGUAAUGAAUGCAAUAUGAUCAGCUUUAUUUCUUAUAUUCCUACCAAAACAGCAAGUGUUUAUUAUUUAUUUAUUUAAUAUCACUGUGCUUUUACAGUCAAGUCAGAAGUGUAGCAAAAGAGGAAUGUCCGUAGAUAUGUACAUUUUAUUAUUCCAUUGUGGUUGGCAGCUCCAUUUUGUUAAAUUCCAUUUAAAACCUCUAGAGAUGGUUUUGCCAUUUAAGAGAUGAAUUGAAUAUUCCUCAUAAGUGCUUGGUGAAUUUUAAUUGCAGUAUGUCAUUUGAGUCAAUUAACUGGAUUGAUUUUGGUCUAACCAAAAAUAGCAAAGGCUGACUAGAUGACUCACAACUCAAGAGUAAGUGUUUUUGAUGCCUUGCCUCUGUAUAUUUUCUAGUUGUACUAGCUCACUGAGUCAAGUGUUUUAUUGUUAUGAUACUGACAAAUGUACUGAGCUGUAAUUUUGCUGAUGAUAAGUGAUUUUAGUGAAAUUGUGUUUGUAUUGCAUUUUAAAGAAAUAUAUAAAAAGGUGUUUAUAGGUGUUUAUAAGAAACUGCAAGACAGUAAACAUCUGCAAAAAUAUAGUCUGAUUUAUACAUGGUCAAAUUAAAUACAUGGUCUUGUUUAGGCAUCAGUUUGUGGGUCCAUGGUAAUCAGAACAGACAUCCACUUUUUGUUCUACAAUAGGGUUGUUUAGCUUGGCUCCUGGAGGGCCGGUGUCCUGCAGAGUUUAGUUCCAACCCUUAUUAAACACACUUGACCAAGCUAAUCAAAGUAUUCAAGACUAUUUAAAAAUGAUGAACAGGUGUGUUGGAUAAGGGUUGGAAGUAAACUAUGCAGAUCACUGGCCCUCCAGGACCGGCCCUGUUCUACAACAUAUUUUUCAUGGUCAUAUCUUAAAACAGAGGUCCUCAAUUCCAAUUUUCAUGCUCCAUGAACUGGGUCCCAAUGCAGUGUUCACUGCUCCAUAUUCCCUGAGCAUGUUCACUUGACACAAUACAUUCAUUUGGGCCACCCUGCAACAUCAUCACACACAGACAAAAUUCAGUAGUAGGUUCAGUAUGAUGACAUAUACCUUUGUACUGUAAAUAACAAAGAGAAAUGAAACCGCAUCAGGACCGGAGUUGAGAACUGCUGUUUUAAAACAGUAUGCGUUAAAGGGACAGUUUCACCAAAAAUGAAAAACUGUGUCACUUACUCAUGUUUAUAAAAGCAUAUUUUGACGAAUGUUGAUUACCUAGCGGUUGAGGGUAGACAGCCCCAACCCCCAGCCCCAACCCCCCCCCCCCCCAUAUAAAUCAACUGUGUGUUUAAAAACAUCUUUCAACAUCUUGUUUUAUGUUCAAGAGAAGAAGUCUCUCAUACAGGUUUGGAACAACAUGAGAGUGAGUAAAUUAUGACAGAAUUUCCAUUUUUGGGUGAACUACCCCUUUAAAAAAGUUCAUAUGUAUGUAUAUAUAUAUAUAUAUAUAAAAAACAAUGCUAAAUCUCUUCAUUUGGACUACAAACUGAACUGCACUAACAAUAAAACCCGUAAGGAUGCAUAUUCUGUACAGAAAGAGUUGUAGUUGUGAAUUGAUGCUAUAUUUGAAAUCACGGUACCUGCCAGUUAGCAGAAUAUUCAGUCAUAUUUCUGGAUUUGUUAAUUUUUGAUGCGAAGCUUCUACAUUUUUGUGGAGUGAUUUUGACUUUUUUUUUUUUUCUUUAUUAUUUAUUAUUGAUCAAAAGAGUCUGAUUCCUGUUAUCUUUGCUGGUUGUCAUUACUUGGCAGAACUGAAGGUAUAUUUUUGUUGUUUGCAUAUCUGUAGACCAGUCGUGCUGCAGUGCUCAGUGUAUAAUUGCGUCAUUCCACAGGCCAUAAUUGUAGAAUUUCUCACUGGCUUACACAAGAUCUGCUUAUAUUGUAUAAAUCCUUGAAAAUAAAUAAAUAAAUAAAAUAAAAUAAAUAAAAGCAUAACCUAUUGUAGCCU